AUGCCUGGAUUUUCCUUUGAAAACGUGCAGCGAAACCUGAAACUGCAGCAGCAGGGCCUGCAUCCUCCCAAAACACUCAAGACAGGAACGACGAUUGUGGGGAUUGUGUACAAGGAUGGCGUAGUACUGGGUGCAGACACCCGGGCCACAGAAGGUAGUAUUGUGGCGGACAAACGAUGCAAAAAGAUUCAUUAUAUGGCACCCAACAUUAUGUGCUGUGGAGCAGGAACGGCGGCAGAUACGGAGGCGGUGACAAAUAUGGUUUCCGCCAAUUUGGCGCUGCAUCGUCUUGAUACAGGGAAACAGUCCCGGGUGCACGAGGCACUCACCCUGUUAAAGCGUCACCUGUACAGGUAUCAAGGCUAUGUCAGCGCCGCGUUGGUUCUUGGUGGCGUGGAUGUAGAGGGCCCUUUUUUGGCGACGGUUGCGCCACAUGGUAGCACCGAUCGCCUUCCUUUUGUCUCCAUGGGAAGUGGUAGCAUCGCGGCCAUGGCCGCACUGGAGUCCGGAUACAAGGAGAAUAUGGCAGUUGAAGAGGCGAAGGAGCUGGUGGCCUCCGCCAUCCGGAAGGGAAUCUUCAAUGAUCCGUACAGCGGCACACAGGUGGAUCUGUGCGUUAUCACGAAAAUGAAGACGGAGAUGCUUAUCGGGUACGAUAAACCAAAUGAGCGCAGGUACCCAAAACAGGAUAUUUGUUUCCCUCCAGGCACCACACCGGUGCUGCGGGAGGAGAUACGGCGGUUGGUGACAAUCACCGAAGUCGAGUGA